UAUUAGUGUACAGACGACCUUAUGUCCACUCAACCGUUACAAAAACCAAUAUCCAACCCGCGCAAGCGCACGAGCUAAAACCAUGCACACCGUUGCCCGUUUCCUAGGCAAUAUGCAACCCUCAAACAUUCGGAUAUUCCUCAGUCGCCACACGGUAUCGGUGACCGAACACAGCAGCAAAAAUGAAAUUCAAAAUCUACCACACCAAGGAACCCAAAUCCGGCGAGGCCAUUUCGGCGCUGGGUUGGUGCAACAACGAGGAAGUGUACAGCUGCAGCGAGGACCACCAGUUGUUCCGAUGGACCUCAACGAAUCGGGAGUUUAUGCAGGUCGCCAAGCUGCCCGAUGACUUUGCUCCGACGGAUUUGCACUGGCUGCUGCCGAAAGGGGCGGCCGUAACGAGUUCCGGCGGGGCUGCCGGUGGCAAGGGCAGCGAUACGCUGCUGAUUUGCAGCGGUGACGGCCGGUUCAUAAUUCUGAACAAGAGUGCCCGCGUUGAACGGAACGUGUCGGCGCACAGUGGUUCGAUUGUGGCGGGGCGAUGGAGUCCGGAUGGGGCGGGGUUGUUGACGGCUGGUGAGGAUGGGAUCAUUAAGAUUUGGUCGAGAUCGGGAAUGUUGCGUUCGACGGUGGUUCAGCACGAGGGGCAGAUUAGGUGCGCUCGGUGGGCACCGAAUGCGACAGCUAUUGCGUACUGCCAGGGUCCGUUUGUGGCCAUUAAGCCGCUGGCCGCGAACAGCAAGCUGACCAAGUGGAGGGCGCACGAUGGGUUGGUGCUGUGUAUUGCGUGGUCCAACAAUACGGACAUGUUGGCGUCGGGUGGUGAGGACUGUCGGUACAAGAUUUGGGACGCGCAAGGGGCUAACAUCUAUACCAGCGUGAGUGAUGACUACGCGAUUACCUCGUUGGACUUUAGUCCGGAUGGGGAGCUGCUGGCGGUGGGAGGAUUCAAUAUGCUGAAGCUUUGCCAUUAUUCGGGGUGGAGCCACAGCAUCAACCGCUUCAACCAGGACGUCGUUGGAUCCUUGUUCAACAUUGUAUGGUCUGCGGAUGGAACGCAGGUGACGGCCGGUACCAGCACCGGAACGAUUCUGUUUGGACACAUUAUCGAGAGGGAACUGCGCAAUCGCAACCUGAAGGCGGUUACCGCUGGGCGAAAGACGAUCCUGCUGCAUGACAUUGUGGCACGAACGAAGGAUACGUUGGACUUUUCCGAACGGAUUAUCAAGUGGGAGUUGGGCUAUGGUCAUCUGGUGGUCGCUACCUCCCAUCAGGUGCACAUCUUCAACGAGAAUUACAUCAAUACACCGAUAAUUGUGGACGGAAGGGCAGAGAUUAAAAUUAUCAUCUUGGGAAAGAAGAAUUUUCUCCUGGUGGACAACAACUCAAUCUGGAUUUACACCUACACCGGUCGGCUUCACCUGAAUCCACGCUUUCCGGCGUCGCAGUCCCAGAUUCCACACCUCAACAGUCGGUGUGUGUCGCUGGGUCUGGACACGUUGGCAAUCCGCGACUAUUCCGACCAAUCGUUAAUCCACGUGUUCGACCUGCUACCGGGAGCAACUCGACAGGAAGAACCGUACACCAUCCAGAACAAAUCCGCCCUCGUCGAGGUGGCCGUCUGUCGGUUCGGAAACCCGGACGAUCAGUACCUGGUGUUCAUCGACGUCAACCGGGACCUAUUCAUCACCAACGUUCGAAGUGGCCCCGAUUACAUCAUCCACAAGAUCGGAACCCAAGUUUGUACCGUCAUGUGGUCCAGCGACACCAACAUCCUCGUCGGUCUUCACGACUCCUGCUACAGCGUCUGGUACUGUCCAGGGGAAGCCUGCACCGAUCCCACCCUGAUCGCGCUCACCACCUUCACCUUCGACACCAGUGAAUUCGGCAAGAACAUCACGCUGGAGAACUUCGAAGGUGCCAACGUUACGUUCCGCAGUUCCGGUGCCAUCUUCACCGUUUCCGUGAAAACCUACUGCGUAAUCCUGCACAAACUCUUCGCGGACAACUCCUGGGAACGCGCCCUUAAACUCUGCCGUCUUGUCCAGAACCAGAUCCUGUGGGCAACCCUGGCCGCGAUGGCCUCCAAGCGGAACCAGCUGGAAAUCAGCGAGGAAGCGUUCUCAGCCGCACUCCAAAUUGACAAGGUGAACUACCUAAACUUUAUGAAAGAUCUCGGCCAAUCCAGCCCCGAGCAGAUGGCGGAAAACUCCAUCAUGAACGGGCGCGUCCAGGAGGCGGAAAUUAUACUGCUGCACAACCGGAAGAUACGGGAGGCGAUUCUGUUCUGCUUGCGGAUGCACCGCUGGAGCCAGGCGCUGGAGAUUGCGCAGAAGCACGACACGGACCUGGAGCUGGUGAUGAAGGAGCGUCGGAAGUACCUGCAGGCGCUUGGGAGGGAGGAGCACGAUCCGAGCUAUUUGGCGUUGCAGAAUUGAGCGUCGUUUGACAACUGUUUCUGCAUUUUUUUUUUAUUUGGAUGAAACUUUGUACGAACCUUUUCUACGACCAAUAAGAUAUUUUGCAUC